AUGAGCCGCCCCUAUGACAGAGUCUCCGCAGACGUUCGCUGGGCUAUGACUGGAGCUCGGAUUCGAGAGCUACUUGUCGAUGCCGGCACAAGGGUCAGUGAACUGAAAGAGGAACUGGAGCAGUCGACCGGGACACCUGCCCGGUUUCUAGAUCUCAUUUGCGACGGAGCUGUGCUCCCUGACGACGCCUGUGCCUCUUACAGCUUUGCUCGGUCUGGGCACGUGGAGCUGCUGGUCUUGCGGAAGAAGGAGCCUCCGAGGCUUCUGGAUUUCCUCCUGUCGGCAGAGCUAGGAGAGGGCGAGACUCGCGAGACCCAGCCAGCGAAGCAGAGGGACUUGAACGAAGCGAAGUACAUCGAAGCAAAGUACAUCGUGGAAGCUUCGGCCUUCAUGCUGAACGAGCGGGACGUGAGGCGGGAAGAAGAGGAAGAGGGUCUUAGCUUGUGCUUCUGGGAUUGCUUUGACCAGUGCACGCCUUUGCAUUACGGAGCCGCCGUGGGCCAGGCUUUCGUCUGCCAGGCCUUGCUGGAUCACCCAGCAUUCCGUUCAGCUGAUGCGCUGGCCGAUGUGGGUGUCCCUCCGGGUUGCUACUGCUGCUCCGCAGAACUAGAGGGUGCAGAGUCCGUCACCGCCUUGCACACCGCUAUUCUGUGGCACCACAAAGAGAUUUGCUCACUCCUCCUGAAUCACAGUCGGUUUACCGCUGUUGCCACAGCGAAUGCUGCGGGUCAGACAGCUCUUCAUCUGGCCGUGCUCGGCAUGAGCGCAGAGAUGGUGCAGAUGGUCCUCGCCGAUGGCCGGGUGGACUUCAAUGCCCACACGAACGAAGGCCACACAGCGCUACGGUUGGCUUUGCAGCAGCGCCAGUUUCCGUGCAUGUCAGUUGGCAAGUCCGACCGAAUCAUCGCAGUGCUGCUCGAGCAUGGAAGCAGCAGUGACUGCGGGGAUGUUCUCGAGGCAGCUGUGGAGCACAAGGACACACGGCUGGUGCACGUGGCUGUAAGGUGCCGUCAUGGCAUUGAGCAGAUGCUGCUGGGAGUUCUUGUAGGCAAAGGCCACCCGAACAUCGGGCUCUUGUUUUCAGAACCGGAAUCCACCAAGGAAGCCCGCUCCCGCAAGCGGUUUCUCAAUAAGCAGAGGAAGGACCGAACACUAGCAAGGAGGCUUCAGAGUCCCAAUGCAAAGCAAGCGGUCCGCCGUCCCUCAAAAUCCAGAAACAGCUGGAUGCAUACCGAGUUUGACUUCUCCUUCUGUCCUGGAAGUCCAUGA